AUGUCGUUAGAGAAAUUUAGUAUGUUAAGUUUAACUGAUCAAGAUUCAGCGGAAAAGCAAAUACGUAAAAUGGAAGAGAAGCAAUUCGAAAUUUUUCAUAAUCUGAUAAAUAAAACCAUAUUGCCUUCGACAGAAGUUUCAAAAGACGUGAUAUGUUCUGAAGAUUCGACUUUUGAUGAGUUUUGGUCUAGAGAUGAGGACUCAAUCAAAUUUAUAGUAGGAAAGGAACAAUAUGUUCUAUCAAGAAAAUUGUUGUGUGACUCCGACAGUAGUUACUUUAAGUAUAUCUGCAAACAUAAGGGAAAAGUAAAAGAUAUGACGAAUGAAUUAGUAACGGAUAAUGAGAUACAAACUUUUAAGCAGAUUUUAAUAUACAUUUUAACUGGCUCAAUAGAACAAUGUGAUUAUAAUAUGUUUAAAGAUAUAUUAAUAGCAGCUCAUACGUAUGAUGUACCAACUUUAAAAUUAAUGUGCGAACAUUAUUUGCUACACGAUAUUAAAAUUGAAAAUGCUGUGGAACUUCUACUGUUUGCGUUGUCGUUGAAUGCAAAAUUUUUGGAAACACAUUCGGCGACUUUUAUUAAAUUUUACAUAAAAAAAAAUAUGGACACUAAAACAUUUAAAAGUCUAUCGCGAGAAGAUUCAAAUAAGAUAAUGGAAUUGAUUAAGAAAAGUAAAUUUGAAGUCAGCACACAUAAAUUUUUGUCACCAAUUACGACAGAUGGGAUAUUUACAUUGGCUAAUAACCCAGAUAAUAGAGUGACAUCAACGACGUUUUAAUUCCGUCUUAAUGACGUCUUUAACGAUCGUCUUUACACGUCAUCUUGCUACCUGGAGAUUGAUUCAUAUAUGA